AGUUGCUGUGGAAACCCCAUAGGCUAGAGGCCUCUGGCCAGCACAUCCUGUCCGCUUGUGUCUGCUGCAGAGUUCUGGGACCGGGGCCAUGUCUCCACACCUCACUGCUCUCCUGGGCCUAGUGCUCUGCCUGGCCCAGACGAUCAACACGCGGGAGGGGGCCCUGCCCAGACCCUCCAUCUCGGCCGAGCCAGGCACUGUGAUCCCCCCGGGGAGGCCUGUGACCUUCCAGUGCCGGGGCCCGGUUGGGGUUUACGUAUUCCGGCUGGAGAGGGAGGAUAGAGCCAAGUACAAAGAUAGUUAUAAUGUGUUUCAACUUGGCCCAUCUGAGUCAGAGGCCAGAUUCCACGUUGACUCAGUAAGUGAAGACAGUGCUGGGAGUUAUCGCUGCAUCUAUUAUAAGCUCCCCGGAUGGUCUGAGCACAGUGACUUCCUGGAGCUGCAGGUGAAAGAAACCUCUGGAGAUACGGACUCCCCCGACACAGAGCUCGGCUCAGCUGGGACUGUGCCAGGCACUGAAGCCUCUGGGUUUGAUGCACCAUGAAUGAGGAGAAAUGGCCUUCCGUCUUGUGAACUUCAAUGGGGAGAAAUAAUUCGAAUGAGCAAUAGAAAUGCACAGAUGCCUAUACAUGCAUUUACAAAUAAAAAGAUACGAUUCACAA